CUAAUAUUGCUCAUUUUAACGGAGCCUCACGCAAUAAACCCUUCAUACCUAUAUAUUUAUAUGAUGGACACUCAAAGGGCUGAGAUAUCUUUACUUUCAUCAAGAAGCCAAUUCGACUCUAUUCUAUUGCUGUGUAUUUUGGACACCCAAUGAGUCUUAUAUCCAAUUGAUUCACUCCUGCUACUGUAUGUAUUUGUCACUUCGAAACCUUAAAAUCGAGGCACAUAUGAAAUUACUUAUCAGACCAUUGCCCAACUCCGAAUCCAGCCCGAGAUGCACAAACCAAAAGCAGAUGUAAGCGAUCUAUGGAUACAACACCAGCGCAGAGAGACGAAAACAACUAAAACCUGGGCCUGCAUAUAUUGUCCGGAGCGCAAGAUAUCUCAUUCCGAAACAGACUUGUGGAACCAUGCAGAAAAAGAGCAUCAGGACAAGAUUCCAUCAGAUCAAGAUGCAUUGGAUCAAUUUCGAAAAUCUUAUGAGAGUAACAGUGCAUUGAAGAGACCAACGAAAGACGAUGCUCCAUCCCGGAAGCCCUCAAAUAAUGAGGCGUCUACUGCUCAAGCAGGCGUACCACCUCCACACUUACAGUCUAAGAGACCCCUAAAUUCACCUCAACCAAUUCGAUCGCUUUCCGGUCUUCAGGCUUUGAACUUGGGAUCAAAUGAGGAUAAUACGAUGGAGGAUGAAGAAACCACAACAGAUCAGCCACGCAAAAGAGCUGCCGUCGGAGAUGGUAUAUCGGCAGGUUCAGCAUCGCCAUUUCGAGAACACUCAACUUCACCCCCACCGCGAAGAUCUUUAGCUCGACCGACUUCUGGACCAAUCUCUGCAGAAGACACGGAGACUCGACGACAAGCUACCAAGGGACAACUGUGGACUCCCGAUCAAGACUCCCCAUUCACAAGGUCAUCCUUUGAUCCUUCCAACAUUGCUUCGAUUCAAGCCUCAAGAUCUCGAGCUCAAGCGUACAGACCGGCUAAUCGAAGAACCGCGAAACCAUCUACACCCCAAAGUACAUCUCGAUCAGCACCACAUACGAGCCAACAUCAGCAGCAACAACACCAACAUCAUGCUCCAGCUAAUACCCCGUCUGCAAUCUUACCCAAUAGGACGGUGCCAGAAAUUGAAUCAAGACCUCAAAGUGAAGAUUAUAAUAUUAUUCUUCAGCCAGAGACAAGGCCCAUCUCUCAAGAGCAACUUGUAGCAGAGGUUAAAGGCAUAUAUGCUGGACUUGUAAUGGUUGAAGCCAAAUGUAUCGAGGUUGAUAAUAAGCAAGCCACGCUUGUGCAGGGUGAUCCUCCCACGCCACCAAGGCUUAACAAUGAGCAGUGGCAAGCUCUCAUUGCAUUACAUCGCACUUUGCUUCACGAGCAUCAUGACUUUUUUCUGGCCUCUCAACAUCCAUCUGCAAGUCCUGCUUUACGUAGAUUGGCAUCAAAAUAUGCUAUGCCUGCUAGAAUGUGGCGACAUGGUAUCCAUUCGUUCUUAGAAUUGCUCAGACAUCGGCUACCUGCCUCGCUUGACCACAUGCUUGCAUUCAUAUAUUUAGCAUAUUCGAUGAUGGCAUUGUUAUACGAAACGGUACCAGCUUUCGAAGAUACUUGGAUUGAGUGCUUGGGAGAUCUAGGAAGAUACAGAAUGGCCAUUGAGGAUGACGAUAUCAGGGAUAGAGAGGUUUGGACCGGUGUCGCACGUCAUUGGUAUUCAAAGGCUUCCGAUAAAGCCCCAACGACUGGUAGGCUAUAUCACCAUCUUGCUAUCCUAGCACGCCCAAAUGCUCUCCAACAAUUGUAUUACUAUGCAAAAUCUUUGUGUGUUGUAGUGCCCUUCACCUCUGCACGAGAAUCGAUACUUACACUCUUCGACCCUGUCCUUCAUGCUGAGAAUGGGCAUGGCCAAUAUCGAUUGCCGCCUUUAGAUGCUGCAUUCAUUCGAGCCCAUGGACAUUUAUUCACAAACAGGGCCAUAGAGAGGUUUGAACCCGCAGUACAAGAAUUCCUCGCAUUACUAGAUAGCCAAAUUGGUCGGGUAACCAAAAAGUUCAUGGAACAAGGCUGCCACAUUGCUAUCUCCAACAACGUUGCAAUGCUAGGUUUCGCGUCUAAAGAAAAUCCUCUUAUAAAAGCUAUCGCGUCUUCCUCAGCUAAAGAAGCCGAUAUUGAUAUGGAUGAGUCUCGAGAUGAAUCUUCUCCUUCUUUGAUAGCAUUCAGACACGCACAGAACCUCAGUUAUUCAACAUUGGAGAUUGUACUACAAAGAAUAGGCGAUCCGAAUGUUCUUCCAUUUAUUCAUGUUUCUCUUGUUUUCUUGUUUCGCAUGUCUCGAUUUUCGGGCGCAAUGGAUCUUUUGGCACCGGCGUUUCCAUGGCAAUCUCUAGCAAUCAUGCUCAAUACGUUACUCAAAUCUUACAAGUCCCUCAGCCGUAUUGAGGAUGAUAAGUUCCCACUACCAGAGAAGGAUGACGUCCGGCCUUUCCCGGAAGACUACGGAAUGCGCGGUUUAUUAUGGUCAGAAAAAUACUUCCCCGAAAAAUGGUUUCUCAAUGAGAAAACUGAUGAAGAAGAGAAAUAUCACGAGCUUGCAUCUAUGCUCGAGCAAAGAAAAGAACGCAUACUGUGGCUAGCUUGUCGCAUUGCUGAUGCUGGCCCAUGGAUUACAUUCGAUAGUUCCAAGCCAGAAUUUUCUGUCCAGGGUAGUGAUGCAGAGUUGGAAUUUUCAAAAUCUCGAUCCAUGACUUUUGCUUCAGCAACUACUAAUGAUAGCCUUCCAAGAACAGAAACUUGGUCAACCGUAGAAACUAAUCUUGAUGCCGAAGAAGAAAUGUCGUCGGCCACGAUGACUGUGACAGAUAUAUCUCCAAAAGAUUGAGCAACUCAAAGAAGCUAGGAUAUUAAUCAGAAUCCAAGCAAGCUACAGUACUGGGGAGGUCACUAUAAAAGGUUGAUGAUGAUAGUACUCGACCAAGCUAUUGAUCACUUCAUAGGCAGUCAUUCAAUACACUUUCUGAGAUACAAGGAAGAUAUCAGUGCCCAGAGAGUGGUCUUCGCGGACAAUUUUGUGAAUGGCGGCCGUGGUACAAGCUUUCAGACAUUCAAAUAACAUGUGGUCUUUUGCUUGGUCAAGAUUGGGAAUUUGGUUUCUUUCAUGAUCCAAAUAUCGAAGCAGGUUGAUAUGAUCAUCUUCACGCUCAUAUGAGCACAAACAUAUCAUACGUUUAUUUCCUUUUUCGAUUCUUCUUUUCAGCCUUCUUGACUCUGGCUGUCGAGGCUGGUUUCUCAUAUUUCAAUUGUAAUGCAGACAUGAGAAUCACGAUUGAUGAAUCUACGCAUAUAUUGAUAGGUUUUGAAAUUUGGUGAAGACAUCUUGA